UCUAUCUUCUGAGGGGCGUUGAUCAAUUACAAAAGACUACUGCCCUGUCUGGUGUUGUGGUAUUCUUUAUUUGUGAAGCACAGCAGCAGGGAAGAGAAGAGUAACUUAAGUGUUUUAAGGACUUUCUAAGGACAACUAUUCGCUGCUUCAGGAUCAGUCUCAAAAUGAGUUCGCUGCGCCAUCUGAGGCAGUGCCACCCGGCAGGCAUCGCUAUCUCUCAUUAUCACACCAGCAGCCGUGCCUUAUCCAAGCAGUCCUACAAAGUGCUCGUCCUCGGGGGAGGAAGUGGGGGCAUCGCCAUGAGUGCACGCCUGAAGAGAAUGGUCGGAGCUGAGAAUGUGGCUGUUGUGGAGCCCUCCGAGAUGCACUACUACCAGCCAAUAUGGACUUUGGUUGGUGCUGGUGCUAAAACCCUUGCCUCAUCAGGUCGCUCCACAUCGAGUAUUAUGCCAUCUGGAGUGAAGUGGGUGAAAUCAAAGGUUGAGGAAAUAAACCCAGAGACAAAUACGGUCCGAACAGACGAUGGAUCUGAGAUCUCAUAUGAAUAUUUGAUUGUGGCUCUUGGUUUACAACUUCAUUUUGAGAAGAUUAAAGGGCUACCGGAGGGGUUUGGUCACCCAAAGAUUGGGUCAAACUACUCUGUUGAAACUGUGGACAAAACAUGGAAGGCUCUGCAGGACUUUAAAGAGGGAAAUGCUGUGUUCACUUUCCCGAACACCCCUGUGAAAUGUGCUGGAGCCCCACAAAAGAUCAUGUACUUGUCAGAUGCUUUCCUGAGAAAGUUUUCUGCUCCAAAGACAGGUAAAAGGGCAAAGGCAAAUGUAAUAUACAACACAUCGCUACCUGUGCUCUUUGGGAUCAAGAAAUACGCUGACACAUUGUGGGACAUCGUGAAGACUCGUGAUCUACAGGUGAACCUUCGGCACAAUCUGAUUGAAGUGCGGGCAGACAAACAGGAGGCUGUCUUUGAAAAUCUUGACAAACCAGGUGAAACCAAAGUGUUUGAGUAUGAAAUGCUUCACGUCACACCACCAAUGGGGCCGAGUUUGGUGAUCAAAGGCGGCCCACUAGCUGAUGAGGUUGGUUGGUUGGAUGUCAACAAAGAGACCCUCCAGCAUAACAAAUAUCCAAAUGUGUUCGGGAUUGGAGAUUGUACCAACCUUCCCACAGCCAAAACAGGAGCCGCGGUGGCUGCACAGUCUGCAAUCCUGGGUAGAACUAUCAGCAGAAUCCUGAAAAAUCAGAUACCGGAUAAAAAGUACGAUGGGUACACUUCAUGUCCGCUGGUCACAAGCUACAACACAGUGGUUCUGGCAGAGUUUGACUACAAUGCACAACCGCUGGAGACAUUCCCAAUCAACCAGGCCAAAGAAAGGAGACUAAUGUACUACAUGAAAGCUGACGUGAUGCCUCACCUCUACUGGCACGGGCUCCUCAGGGGCCUGUGGGGUGGACCGGGACCAUACAGGAAACUCAUGCACCUUGGGAUGAAAUAAAAACUCAGCUUGUAUGACAAACAUAUUUUAAAAGUUAUGGGGAAAGGUAGCACCUGAUAUUCAUCAGAUAACAACACCUAAAACAAUGGACUCAAACAGGAAGUGUCACAACACAUUGGGCUUGUUUAAAUAUCAGUUCAUCUGGAAAAUGCAGACAAUGAUUGUUAUUGAUGGCACAGAGAGGGUGUAUCACUUUAAUUCUAGCUGCUUUGAGUUGCUUUUCGUUUAUGCUUCAGGUUUUCUGAAAAUCCAAUGAUUAUCAACAUUUAUUGCAGCUAAGAACAAUGUCUAAUAAUUUUUAAACAUUCUUUUUAUUGUUUUCACAUCUCAAUAUACUUGUAUACAUUCAAUGAGGCCUGUAGAUUUUUUUUUUUUUUUUACAAAAGAUAUAACAAACUUCAUUAAGUUAACUCAGCUUUUCUGUUGUGUGAAGAUUACAUGCCCAUUUUAUUCAAAUUCAUACAGUAAAAACAAUAAUCUCAUAAUAUCAGUGUACAAUAGUUAGCCCAGUCAAUGCUUCUGUUUUUUGGAUCAAAUUAGAUGACUGUAAUCCAGAAUAAGUGUUGACAGUAGCCACUAAUAAAAGUAUACAAAUGUACUCUUUUUGAUGCUAUAGUACAUAUUGCAUUUCAUGGUGAAAGUCAGGAACUGUGUAACAAACACAGUAGUUAUACUACCAUUUAUCCUGCAAGUUUUGUGUGAGAUGCUGGACCAUUUAAAUGGGAAAUACCUCAACAGCUUUUCCUUACCUUUUAAAAAUCAUUUUCAGAUUUAGUGAUUUAUUUUUUUAUUUUACAUCGUGAUUAUUUUCUCUGUCUGUACAGUUCUUCAAUCAAUAAAAUAAUCACAUUAACUAAACAAA